AUGGCAUCUCUCUAUCAAAUCCUCUGCCAAAUCCCCGUCCUGUCCUCAUUUCUUCUCCCCAAUCAAUUAACAACACCCAACAUUAUCAACAACAACACCCUUUUACCCUCAACCUUGAAACCCGCCCAAUGCCCCAAUCCUCCAGUGCUGUCGUGUCCCUCACCGCCGCCUCAAGAUAUAGACACAUGCUGUUUAAACCACCCUUCAGGGCACUUCCUGCAGACGCAAUUCUGGGACACCGCACCGCCCAUUGGGCCCAAUAACUCUUGGACGAUCCACGGACUCUGGCCGGAUCUCUGCACCGGAGGCUUCGACGCGUUCUGCGAUUCUUCACGCUCUCAUUCCGAUAUCCGGAGCGUCCUCCGUCACGCCGUAGAGGACCAGGACCAGGACCGGGAGGACCACGAUGGAAAUUCUUCGGAGAUGAUCGACGACCUGCUCUCGUUUAUGGAGACGUACUGGCUCUCCCUCGACGGCGACCACGAGCACCUGUGGGCUCACGAGUGGAAUAAACACGGCACAUGCAUUUCAACACUUGAGCCGGCCUGUUACGCGGCUCUUCCUUCUCCUCGUCCUCCUCCGCCUUCCCCGAAUCGCCAGCAUCGUCGCCAUCUAGACGUGCUAGAUUACUUCAUCCACACGACCUCCCUUUUCAGGACGCUCGAUACAUACUCCUUGCUCGCGGAGGCUGGCAUCCUUCCUUCUUCCCACAAGCGGUAUACGCUGCGAGAGCUGGAGGACGCUGUAAUACGGUCCUCUGCGCACGGCCAGCCCGUGACAUUCCGCUGCAACCGCCGCGGCGAGCUGGAUGAAGUAUGGUAUCAUUUCGCCGUGAUGGGCUCGCUGAGACAUACAUCUUACACGCAAGGGACUGAAGCCGAAGCCGAAGCCGUUGCGACCUCCACUAGUCCGGAGGAAUCUGUUAACCGCGAUACCGUAGAUUUUCUUGGUCAUCAACACCGCUUGCCGUUCCUGAACGCAAGCGCCGUGCGCAGACGUUUCGUCCCCGUGCCGCCCGACGGAGCCAUCUCCAACUGCCCACGGCGAGGAAUCAAAUACCUCCCCAAGACCGCUGGUGACGGCGCGCCUCUGCCUCCCUCCCCUCCGUCGAAGACGACCACUACCAUCAGCAACCCGACAUCUUCACCAUCAAGCACAAGCACAGCCGUCCCAUUCACAGGCCGAGGCCGCUUGGAAAUCCACAUCCUCGACUCCUCCGCCUCCUCCAGUACAUCUUCCACGUCCUUGAAAAAGGGCUGCCUUAUCCGUCAGGGUCAAUGGUACGUCUCAGGCACGUGCGCGGCCUUCCGCGCCCAACACGACGUCGUCGACCCCGGCCACCAAGCGUUGUUCUCCCUCUCUUCAUCGUACGCGCCGUGCCUGGUCAACCCCAAAACCGCCAGAUUCGAAUGUGUAAACUCUGCUACGGCACAGGGGAUAUUUUCAUACGCGGAGAACGAUGAUGGGAUCAAUGUACUCGCAUAUCACAAUCGGAGCGUGUUUUACGCGAAUCGCAUUCCCAAGAGAUUAGAAAAAGUCGAUCUGUUUGCUGAUGACGGGAAUGGUGAGAGGGAUGUACAGGUGGAGUUCCAUUGGGUGCCCACAUAA